UGAUCAGGGCGCUGUAUUUACGACACAUUUUGACGUGGACCGUCACCACAGCAAUGGCGGAUGCUGUAGGGGAAGUACUUCAAGGCAGCUGGGAUCAUGAUCUGGCUGAUGCUCUUGACUCAGUAGAAUGUGAUCUGCCUGCUGACCAGGAUGGUAUUGUCCAGGACCGAAACCUAUCCCCAUCACAACGGGCCAGGUUAUGGAUGAUUGCUUUGAACGUUUCUGGUAAAGGAGACAGUCUGUCCUCAUGGGAUGGGGCUUUGGACCUACCAGAACAAACACUCAUUCACAGCCGCAGUCAGCAGAUUAUUGAUGAGCUGGGGAAAUCGGGAGAAGACGGACGGGACCUGGUAUCAGAUGUAGAGUCCGUAAUCACUUUUUACUGCAAGUCCAGAAAUGUCACCUUCACUCCAGAUCUUAGUUGGCCGGACCUCCUUAAACCACUUCUGGGCCUGCAGCUGCCCCGCAGAGACCUAUACAACUGCUUUUAUGCCAUUAUGAACAAAUACAUCCCACGAGACUGUGUAGUGAAGGGACGGCCUUUUCACCUGUUCAGACUCCUGCUGCAAUACCAUGAGCCUGAAUUCUGCUCAUUUCUAGAUACAAAAAAGAUCACUCCAGAUUCUUAUGCCAUCAACUGGAUGAACAGUCUCUUUUCUAGCCACUGUCCCCCUGAGGUCACACAAGCCUUAUGGGACAUUUACCUCCAACAAGCCGAUCCCUUUCUGAUCUUCUUUCUCAUGCUCAUCAUCCUCGUCAAUGCCAAAGACGGCAUCUUUAUCAUUGAAGAUGACAGUAAAGACAGUAAAGAGAAAAUAAUCGAAAUGCUGGAGCAAUCACCAUCAUUGUUAGAUACACAAGAUCUUGAAGACUUGUUCUCAUUAGCACAGUAUUACAGUAGCAAGACUCCUCUUUCUCUCAGAAAGGAGAACCAUAAUUUGUUUGGCAGCAGUCUGGUGGCUCUGAAGGAAGAGGAUAUGGACCUUAGUCAGGCGCUUUGUCUGCCUGUAUCUGUUCCUGAGAUUCUUCAGGCCAACCAGCUACAACCUGAGGGUGUGAGGUUUUUUGUCGUCGACUGUCGUCCAGCAGAGCAGUACAAUGCUGGUCACCUCUCCACUGCCUUUCAUCUGGACUCUGACCUGAUGCUCCAUAAUCCUUCUGAGUUUGCCCUGUCAGUGAAGUCUCUUCUGGAGGCACAAAAGCAAUCUCUGGAGUCCGGCUCUGUGGCCAGCGGAGAGCAUCUGUGUUUCAUGGGCAGUGGACGUGAAGAGGAAGAUAUGUACAUGAACAUGGUGCUCGCCCACUUUUUACAGAAAAACAAAGAGUUUGUGAGCAUAGCAAAAGGUGGCUUUAUGGCUUUGCAGCAGCACCUGGCUGAUAUUAAUGUUGAAGGGCCGGAUAAUGUUUAUGUUCACUGGAUUGUGAGCACCUCAGGAUCCCACAGCAGCCUUAGCUCAGCAGAUGGAGAACUAAAUGGUGCAGAUGGCAAAGGAGUCAAGUCACUUGUCAACAAAAUGACCUUCGCACUCAAGUCAAAAUCAGUAAAUGUAAAAGAGAAGGUUAUCAGCUUUAUUGAAAAUACUUCCACACCUGUGGAGAGAAUAUCUUUCAAUCUGCCCUGGCCAGAAAAGGGGAUACUGGAUCGGCACGUGAGCAGCAGUGAUCGUGUGGGAAAGCCAUAUAGAGGCGUGAAGCCGGUGUUCAGCAUUGGUGAUGAGGAAGAGUAUGAAACAGAUGAGAUUGACAGUUCAUCAGUAUCAGAUGAUGACAGGAAAGAGAUUGUCAAUAUUCCGACUUGGAUAAACAAACCAGAUAUAAAGCACCAUUUUCCAUGCAAUGAGGUUAAGGAGACUGGACACAUGUUCCCAAGCCAUCUCUUGAUCACUGCGACACACAUGUACUGCCUAAGAGAGAUUGCUGCCCGUAAAGGCUUUGCAUACAUUCAAUCCCGGCAGGCCUUAAACUCUGUGGUGAAGAUCACCUCUAAGAAGAAGCAUCCAGAGCUCAUCACGUUUAAGUUUGGCAACAACAAUGCUGAAGGAGUGGAGAUAGUGGCUGUGGAGAGAUAUUUAAUUCCAGAUGCAGGUGAUGCCACUAAGGCCAUCAAACAGCAAAUUAUGAAAGUUCUGGAUGCUAUGGAGAGCUCCUAGUAACGCAGAGUGCAUUAGAGAAGCUUCGCUCUGUUCACCAACAGAUAAUCACAGCUCCAGUAAAGUUACCCUGAAGGAGAGGAGAGGUAGCAGAACAUUCCCACACUCCCCACACCCACCUUCUCCUUGGGAAACACGUGGAGCACUUCAACACUGUCAUGACUCUGGGGCUGUUUCUGUUGUAUGAUUGACAGGAGUUCUAAAACUUUGGGCAUGGAGAUGUCAAUAUGAGCCUAUGUUAGAAAACGGUUAUUUUGUAAAUCUUGCGUUUUUUAUUUCUGUUUUGAGAAACUGACCUAAUCAAUCAAGUUUUGGUGUGUCAUCUCUCCUUUGUAUCUGUCUUGAGCCUUAUUGAUAAGCUAUAGCUUUUCAUAUGGGAGACUCAAACAGGAUGAGAAAACCCAAGUCAAGCUGAUUGCUCUAUAUUUAAUUUAAUAUAUGAUUUGAAGAUUUAAACAUCAUAUAUUGCUUCAUACGCAUGUAACUGAAAGAGUUUUGACAUAUGUAUCAGAGAAGUGUUGCUAUAGCAGAGCUAAUUUACAUGGACAUAUAACAGGCAUCAGGGUAAGGAUGGAUUUAUUUUUCUUUUUUGAGAACGACUGAAGCCCGACUACAUAAUGUUGCUUGCACGUGAGUGUGAUAAAUACUUCCAAACAAUUGCUGCUCUCUGUACAGGUUUACAAAUUCAUAUUAAUGGUUAUUUUGCGUUAUCAGAUUCUUAUUCUGUUAAAUUUUGUAAGUGAAGCCUUAAAGGGAGCAUGGUGAUCAUUUUACACUGACACUUAAGCCUUUAGUUUAAUGAUGCCAAUAGUUGUUGCUCUAAGUGGACCAGCUUCUGAUUUGAGGCUAAUAUAAGUAUUAUGUAUUUAUACUGAAGAGACUGGGUUCAUGAAAAUAAAUACAUAGAUCAUUCAGCAGUACGAAUCAUAAUACAUUUAUAUUAUGUACAUUUAAACAUGUCAAAUGAAUGUAACUGAGGGUAACAUUUGGAUAUUAGGCAAGCUACAUAUUCGGUCCCCUUUGUGCAAGUACAAGUUUUGCCAGUUUGUCACACUAUGCAAAUUCUGAAAAUUAGUUAUGAUUAUUAUUAUUAUUAUUUUUUUUUGCUUUGUCUGUUAAAACCACAUAAUACUAUGGAAGAUACUAACUUGUCUGUACAAAAACCUGCACCAAUGUAAAAUGAUUUUUUAUUUUUGGUUUAUAUCAAAAUAAGUACAUUGCAACAUAUUUACAAUAAUUCCUUAAAGUAUAAUAAAGAAUUGUUUUCUCA